AUGCGCGCGGGAUUGGGUCGUGACACGCGGUGCGGGAGGCGGGCGUUGCGCUCGGUAUAUAAGCGCGUCGAGGGCGCGCUCUCUUUCCGCUGGCGCCGCGCUGUCGGAAAGACUGCGGCAAGAGAGAGGACGCUGGGACGGGUCACCUUCGAGCUCUUCGCUGACAAGGUGCCCAUCACAGCAGAGAAUUUCCGUGCGUUGAGCACCGGUGAGAAGGGAUUUGGCUACAAGGGCUCCUGCUUCCACCGGAUCAUCCCCGGCUUCAUGUGUCAGGGCGGUGACUUCACGCGCCACAACGGCACCGGGGGCAAAUCCAUCUACGGGGAGAAGUUCGCCGAUGAGAACUUCAUCCUGAAGCACACGGGGCCUGGAAUCCUGUCCAUGGCCAACGCCGGCCCCAACACAAACGGCUCCCAGUUCUUCAUCUGCACCGCCAAGACCGAGUGGUUGGAUGGCAAGCACGUCGUCUUUGGCCGCGUGAAGGAGGGGAUGAACGUGGUGGAGGCCAUGGAGCGCUGCGGCUCCAAGGACGGCAAGACGAGCAAGCAGAUCACCAUCUCCAACUGCGGGCAGCUCUCGUAAACCCUGUGUCUUAACGCCUGACAUUCCGCCUGCAGCCCGGGCAGCUCCCGGUGCGGCCCCCCCUCCCCUCGUGCUCCUGAUUUACUGCUGCGUUUCUACUGGGUCUCGCCGCAUGUGCACAGUCCGACCGGACUGCAGAGUUAUUAUGAGUCUAAAUAAAACGAGUUAAACCACC